UCUACAUAGAGUAGGGAACUACUUAGACUCGCUGGGCUUUUUACCAUCACCUGCGGUUUAUAGCGGUGCACACGCUGUAGCGGUCACUCCACACCUUUUCCUGUGCAGAGGAGCGGGAAUUCUGCAGACAGCUGACAUUUGUAACGCAGGGAAACAUCAGCACUUUUAUACGCUCCAUCAUACUUUUAAUCAGCAACUUUCUUAAGUGUAGAAAACAUUUUUUCCUCCUCUGGAUUUUUCUCUGUCCAGUCUGCUGGUUUAAGAUUUGCCUCCAUUACCCAUUUUUACUCAACCCAGAACAUUUGACGAGAAUGGAACAGCUCUAAUGAGGUUAUAAUGGCCUGUACCUCUGAACCGUGAGUUUGUUGUAACGUGUUUUUUUUUUUCUCUCCGCCCGCUUUUACGCACAAAGAUGAGUUCGGAGAGGCCAAACUUUCUCUCUCAACCCGUGGUGAAGAACGUUUUCAUGUUUCGAAACGGCGAUCCAUACUACGAUGCUCGGCGGAUGGUGAUAAACCAAAAGAGGGUGUGCAACUUUGAAACCUUGCUAAGAGAGGUGACGGGCGGCAUACAAGCCCCGUUUGGAGCCGUGAGAAACAUUUACACACCGAGAGGAGGUCAUAAAGUUGACUGCUUGGAGAGCCUGAGGAGCGGGGAGCAGUAUGUCGCUGCUGGGAGGGAAAAAUUCAAAAAGCUAGAUUAUCUACAGAUUGGCUCCAGGAAGAAGAAAAUGAUGCAGACCGUUCCAAUGCAGAUUAAACCAUUUCCACCAAAUAGAAUCAUUGUGUCAGCUCGAUUCCUGAAACCCAUCAAGGAGCCAUGCACCAUAUUUGUGGUGGCAAAUGGUGAUAUAUUGAACUCCGCAGUGAGGCUGUUGGUCCACCAGAGGAUACUGGGCGAGUUUGACAAGAUACUAGAAAUGAUUACAGAGAAGAUGGGUUUAAGAGUCCUCGGAGGAGUUAGAAGUCUCUUUACCUAUGAAGGCCAACAGGUGACUGAGGGGAAUCAGUUAGAGAGCGGUCAGCUUUAUGUGGCUGUGGGAAGAGAAAAGUUUAAGAAGCUUCCUUACAGUGAUCUGCUCUUCACCAAACCCAGAGGGACGAGGCGAGUCAGAGGAAUGAAAUCUUAUUCUUUGCCACCCAUCUACAGGUUCUCAAAACAGAGUGAAAAUGGUAAGUCCAUGGUCCAGAGCAGUGACAGUGGAGAUGGAGAGUCUCCUAAGGCCUCGCCUCCAAGCCACAACAAGGAACACCUGUCCUCCAUUGUAAGAGAGAUUUCUCAGGCCAGACUGCUCUCCUUAAAGAAGAUUAAGAGCAGACAGAGCUUGACUCCUGGUGCAUCUGACAAUGAUGAACUGGAACAGAAGUUUGAUGAAGGAAAUGCUGAUUGCCAAACACUACAAGACAAUGGAGCUGAAGCGAAACUUGAUGCUACUGAUACAAAUGAAACAGAGGAGAAUGUUGAAAAGCCAGAAGAAAAAGAGGAGGCAGAAAUGGCUGAAAAUGGCAGAGAAGAAGGUGAUUUACCUAGCAAUGAAAACAAGAUGAAUAGUCAGGAGACAAACAGUGAAAAAGAGGGGGGAGGUGGAGGAAAAACAGAAAUCGAUGGACAAAAAGAUGGAAAAGGAGAAGACAUAGCAGAAAAUGAGAAGAAAGUGGAGGAGGUAAAAGAAGAGGAAAAGAAGGAGGAUCCAGAAAAGAAUAAGGAGGUGUUUAAUGGUGAAGAGCAUGGAUCUAGCAGUGAUAAGGCUCUGGACAGUAAGGAGAUUGAGGAUGGAAACAAUAUGUCUUCUCAAGGUGAAAGGGGGAAAAUUGUGGAAGACGAGAAGGAAGAUAAAGACCACACUGAGGUGGAAAAAAGCACUACGGAUCACACUAAUGAUGUAGACACAGUGGAAGAACAGAAAAAGAUGGGAAACGGCAACGAUCCAGAGACGACUCAGUCAGAUAACGAGACUAAAGAGAACGAUAGCAGUAGAAGUAGCAGAGGCAACAGUAAUCAAGAAGAGAAUGAGAACGAAACAAAAGAGGGCGCUACCAAAGAGUCAGGUGAAGAAGAAGAGAGCAAGGUGAAUGCUUAGGUCAGUGGAGAAGAUAAUGAGGUAGAAGGUGAAGCAGAGCUCAACACAGAUGAGAAAAAAUGGACCAGUAAAGAUGCCGAGUGCACACACGGGGAAGAUGGUGAUCAAGAGAGGCAAGACGAAAGUGAAAAAUUUAAAGAAUAGGAAAAAAACACCAAGUUCUUUAUACUGAAAAUAUGAAGUUACAAAAUCUAUUUAUAUAAUGAAAGUGACAGAUGAAAUUUAUAGAAAACAAAGCAAGAUCAGAGCGCACUCUGAGAAUUUUUUUUCUUCCUAUAUAAAAGCAGUUUUGCAAUGCUGAGCAUGUAACCUAAAUAUUUAAAUGGUUGUCUGUUAAAUGGCACAAGUACAGAAACACCAUAUACAUCAAAACUUUAUAACUUUCAUGUUUGAAACAGAAUACACAUAUAAAAUCCAUAGUAAUAUAUUCUUAUUUUUGCAUUAAAAUGUUCUUAACUAAUAGGUUGCUUUAUUGUUUCUUUACACACUGUCUGUGAGCACUGUAGUGAGUGAUGCAGAGAAAUGAUAAUAUAUUUAUCCUUUGAAAUUUUUCGAAAGAAUGAUUAUGCCUCUCAUAGAAACUCAUACAAAUGUAUUUAACGAGACAUAUAUUAUUGUUUGUUUUUGAAUGGUAAGUUAAUUUAUAAAAAAUUCGGAUCUUCUUCCUAAAUGAGUGCUUCCAUCUGUAGGGCUAAAGUUGUCACUGAAUAAUUCGGUUAGCAUCAAAGUGAUGUGCAUCAUAUAAAUUUAACAUAACCAGAACACUCGUGCAAGAUUUUUGUCCAUUAUAUUUUUAGUCCCCUCUAACGCCAUGAUCAACACAUCACAUUAGUCAAUAUCUUUUAUAACAAUGAUGUUUCAUCCCUGUAAUGCAGUUCCAGAGACUUACAGAAUUAUUCCCAGUCUACAAGUGCAAGUGGAGGCCCAGAACCUUACUGUUACGCCUAAUGUUGAUUUCUGUCACUGAACCAUAUUUUCAAUGUCUAAUUUUUAAAGGCAGUUUCAUGUCAUAUUAUUUUGUAAUGUUGCUGCUAUGCCAAUGUCCAUCUGCUUCCACAAAAAUUAAACUGAGGGAAAAAAAGACAGUUUUUUUGUCUUCUGUAACUGAUACUUCAGUGAUGAAAUGUAUCAGUCAAUGGAAUAGUAAAAAUAAAAUCAUUUUAAAAAGUGAUGAUGAUGUAUGAUAUUGGAAAUUAAUUUUACAGCAGGCGUAAAGCUUUUUUAAAACGUUCACUGAGAUUGAACUACACUCUCCAUUCCACAAGAGUUGAGAUGUACGUGUAAAAUGUAAAUAAAAGAGAUUUAAAUGUUUUUAAUAUCCCAUAAGCCCAUUUUUCAUUCACUUUAGAACAUAGAAUGAUAUCAAAUAUUUAAAUUGAGAAAACUAUUUUGCAAAAGAAGAAGAAGAAAAAGGUCAGGAUUCUAACUGCUCAAUAGUUUUCAGUCCUACUUUUCUCACUUUUUCUUUUCAUGAUAGGCCAAAUGUUUAGCACCUGGACUUUUCUAUUAGAAGGCCUUGUUGUAGUAGAUGCAGUAUGCAGUUUAGUAUUGUCUUAUACAAUCUGAAAAAGAUUCCAUCUGCAUAGAAGCAUGGGCACUAAUGCACCUCCACACCAUCGGUGAUGCAGGCUUUGUAACUAAGUAUCGGUAACAACCUGGAUGGUCCCUCUCCUCUGUACUCUGGAGGAUGUGAUGUCCAUGUUUUUCAAAAAGAAUCUCAAAUUUCAAUUCGUUUCAUGGUGGAACAGCUUUCCACUUUGACUCAAUGUAUUUGGAUCAUGUUCACAGAUGUAGAUUUUUCUUUAACCUCCAUUUGUGGAUCAGCAACAUGUUCUGGAAGUUUUCCCGAGCCCAUGCAGUGAUUCCCAUGGCAGAAUCCAUCCUGUUUUUAAUGCAGUGCUGCCUGAGGUCUCGAAUAUCACAUUCCUGUCCCUUCCGCACAGAGAUUUCACCAGAUUCUGUGUAGUAGAUGUGAUAUUUAAAGUCUUUGCAAUUUUACAUUCAGGGACAUUAUUCUGAAUUUUCUUUUACAAAUUGGACAAUUUUUCACUGCCUCUGUAAAAUGCUCAGUCAUUUUACUGACCUGUUGCCAAUUAACCUACUUAGUUGCAAAAUGUUCGUCCUGCUGUUUCUUUUUCAGUAGCAUUUAUAUUUCCAGCCCCAUCACAACUUUUUGAGAUGUGUUGCUGCCAAAGUCAAAAUACAAUUUUUCCUGAAAUAGUAAAACAACUAUGUUUUCUUUUCUCUUUGGUGAAUAAAAUAUCGGUUUAUGAGAUUUUCAAAUCAUCGGAUUCUGUUUUUAUUUACAGCGUCCCAACUUUUUGUGGGACACUCUUGGUUGAAUUUUCCUAACAGAACAUUCUUAAAAUCCUUAAAACUCUAGGCAUGGGUCAUUAUGUUGUUGUUAUGAAGACUUAGAUAGACUAAUAUGGACUUAGAGACCUACUAUAACUAAUGUCUCAUUAUGCAUUAGAUCUAGAUCUUCAGUCUGUCUUAGUGAAACUGCACUUUGGUCUUUAGCUGCUUUCAUCCUGACAGGAAGAAAAGUGAUAUUUUUGGAGAGGCACUCUUCUCACUCUCAUUCAGUGAUUUUAAUUUGUCAUUUUUUUCCUGAAACAAAGUUCCAUAAAUCCACUAUAAACAACCAGCUGUGGGCAGGAAAUAUGAACUCUGAUCUAAUUCAGUAUGUAUGAUGGCCCCACUGCCCGCUCAUCCCUGCAGCUGUUCAAAUUGGGAUUCAUGCAGUCGAUGUGUUUGUGAGUUACCAUCCCAAGAGAGAUAAGGAACCUGGCUGAGAGGGAGGAGGAAGAACGAGAGAGCAAAGAGCAGGAGACUCAGAAAGCAAAGGAGGUGGGGGCAGGAGUGUGUGAGUCAUAAGGCCUGCCUGGUUGAGGUGAUGAUCCUCAAGAUGCUAUUUCUGGCAUCACCAUUAAUUCUGUGUUAUCUCCUCCACCAGCUACUCUGUGUUUUCUGAGUGUGUAUGCAUGUGGGCGUGUUCAGUAAGGCCCUAAAUAACACACCCUCCAGACUGCUUACAAGGGGGGCUUCUACAAUGUAAAAAUGAACAUUAUUAACAUAUUGUUUGAAUGAAUUUAAAUCUAUAAUUAUUUAAAUAUUGGUUUGAAUCAAUAAUCAUAAAUUAGAAUUAUUCUUGAUUAAGAAAAAAAGGGAAGGCACCAGAUUUUAAAGAACACAAAGUCCUACUUAGCUAGUAUUGUACAGUAUAUUUAAAUAACCCUGCAGGGAAUUUAGGAAGUAAAAGUGUCAGUUGUUUGGCACAGUCAUAGAUGGCAACUGUGAGAUAUUAAAUGAAAACAGCAGGGAAGAUUAAAGAUUAAAAUAAGAUCAAAAACAUUUGACCCUUGUGACAACAGUGAAGUAUUUUUUAAUUCUGUAGGGAGACAUAAACUAAGCCACUUUCUGCUCCCACUUUAUACCAGUUUAUACCUCUCACUUCUGUUGGGAGGUAUAAAGUUUUAUCAACAGUUAAGCCACCAGUCUGUCAGCUUACUGCACAGUGUGCUGCAAUACAGUUUUCACACAUUUUCGAUCCACCGAUAUGUCAGUUUUAUUGUGCUGUUCGAAAAAUAGACAUACUGCAUGUAGACACUGAUUUAUAUGUGUUCUUUAUCCAAUCUGUUCGCAAAUAAGGGUGGCAUCGUUUUUUAUUUAGUGGGAUGAUCCACUGUUACAUCAGGAAAGACUUCAAGUUAGAUAUAUAGCAGAAAAAAAUAUCCAUUAUGGAUUAGAGUUUGUAAUGCAGCAGGAAACAGCAUAACAUUACAAACCAGCACUGCCUGUUAAAGUCCUGGCCGCACUAGAAGGUUUGUCCAUAAUGGCUUGUUAAACAGCUUGGCUUUUCUUCAUGUACUGAAGGCCCGCAGCUCAGUGGCUGUGUAUCUUGAAAAUGAAAUGCCUUGCUUAUUACUAGGUUGGUUUUUUUUGUAGUUACAGCUAUGCUUCUGUGUUGCAUCUGAGAGUAAAUGUGUUAACACCAGGACUUUUUAAAUAAUAGUAGAAAGAAGAUUGGAGGUAAGUAGAAUAAUAUUGAAAAGGUCAACUUACAUUGACAAUAGUAGUCAGCAUAGCAAAUCAACAUCUUAUACAGUAAAUAUACAAGCUGUGCUGCAAGGAUUUGAUGAUGAGAUAUGGUUUAAAAAAAACUGAAGCUUGUAUCUUGGACAGUAGAAUUGUUCUAACCAAGUACAGAUUUUUUUUACAGUACAGGUUUGUUUAUAAUGAUGAAACAAAAGAUACAUGUUAAGAAAAACAAUGCAAAAACAAGCUUUUAAAGUGGUAGGAUUACAGUAAUUGUAAUAAAUAUAUGUACAACACAUGUGGACACAGUGUAUUAAAAAGCAGCAAAACAUGGCCGUUACCAGCUUAUUGUGCUUCUAAGUUACAGUUACAGUGUGAAUACUUGUAUAACAUAAAGGAAUUAAUAAAACAGGAACCGUCUUAAUAAUCACUCCUUCAGUUUCACAUCCAGUACAUAAGCAAAUUCUCUAUAGUGUAAAAAAUGU